CGGAAGUCAAUGCAGUUCGAAUAUAGCCAAAAGUUUCAUCUGUUCAUAUGUGUCUUUGUAGUGAAGCAUACGAUAAUGUACAUCUAGCAGAUACAGCAACUAUUUAUUAAAGAUAGUGUCGAGAGGACAUCAGUUUAAUAGUGUCGUGUCAAUCAGCUUGAUAUAAAGUUCGUAACAGCGCACAUAGUGCCAUGUGCUGAAGUUCAAUGGCUACAGAAAAACAAGUCACUUUUGUCAUCGUAGGUGGAGGAAUCGCAGGUGUCACUUGUGCAGAACAGAUUGCAUCUCAGUUCCCAUCAGAUGAAGUUUGUCUUUUGACAGCCUCUUCCUUAGUGAAGAUGGUUACAAAUUUCAAACAGGUGUCAAAGACCUUGGAGGAAUUUGAUGUAGAGGAACAGCCAUCUAGAUUUUUAGAAGAAAAAUAUCCCAAUCUGAAAGUCAUACAGUCUGCAGUCAGCCUCCUGCGAGCAAAGGAACAUCUAUUACAGACAGAGAAUGGCCAGACGUUCUAUUACAAGAAGUUGUGUCUCUGCAGCGGGGCCAGACCCAAGCUCUUAACCCAGGACAACCCUCAUGUGCUGGGCAUACGGGACACAGACAGUGCUCAGGAGUUUCAGAAGCGUUUAUCAAAGGCUAAGCGGAUUGUUGUUGUUGGCAAUGGAGGAAUUGCAUUAGAAUUGGUGUAUGAAGUGCAGGGCUGUCAGGUGAUCUGGGCUAUAAAGGAUAAAGCCAUAGGAAACACAUUCUUUGACGCAGGAGCUGCUCAGUUUCUCAUUCCAUCACUGGAGUCUGAUAAAAAAGACAGAUCGCUGCCCUGCAAGAGAGCACGCUACACUACUGACAAGACCGGAGCAGGCCACAGUGGGGCUUCAGGAGAGCUUGGCAGUGCCCUUGGCCCAGAUUGGCAUGGGGGGAUUGAUCUGAGAGGAGCACAGCAGAAUUCCAGUGGAGUCCAUACAGAAUAUGAGUGUGAAGUUGAGAAGAUCUACACGCAACAGGAGUUCCUGCAGUCUAAACGCAGCACUGAGAAAUUUGAAUUGGGGAUUUGGCCGGUGUAUGUUCAGUUAACCAAUGGGAAGAUUUACGGCUGUGAUUUCAUUGUCAGUGCCACGGGCGUGGUGCCAAACACUGAUCCUUUCCUUCAUGGCAACAAUAUUGAGUUGGCUGCAGAUCACGGCCUUGUAGUGGAUGAUCAUAUGCGGACAUCCGAACAGGAUGUGUACGCAGCAGGUGAUGUGUGUACAGCAGGCUGGGAGCCAAGGGCUCAUUGGCAACAGAUGCGCUUAUGGACGCAGGCACGUCAGAUGGGCUGGUACGCAGCGCGCUGUAUGGCAGCAGAUGUUCUGGAGGAGCCCAUAGAGUUGGACUUCUGCUUUGAACUUUUCACCCACAUCACCAAGUUCUUUAACUAUAAGGUGGUUUUGCUGGGGAAGUUUAAUGCGCAGGGUCUGGGUCAGGACUAUGAGCUUCUUCUGCGUUGUACUAAAGGGCAGGAGUAUGUGAAGGUGGUGCUGACUGGGGGUCGAAUGAUGGGGGCCAUCCUUAUCGGAGAUACAGAUCUAGAGGAAACCUUUGAGAACCUCAUUCUCAAUCAGAUGGACUUGUCCAGAUAUGGCGAGGAGCUUCUUGAUCCCAAUAUCGACAUUGAAGACUACUUUGACUGAAUAUGAAUCAGUCUGGUUUGCCAAUGAUUUUAAGUUAUACAUUAAAUGUGAAGUAUGCAAUUUCAGCACCACUAUUGGCACCAGACAGAAUUGCAAAAAUAAUGACUGCACUCAGACAAGUUUCAAACACUCCCUAGUGGCACAUAAAUCAGUCAGUUACCAAUAUAAAAAAGCACAUUGAGAAGCAAAGUAAAAAAUAAGUUAAUAAUAAUAAUACAAAAUAUAUAGUAUUGAGAGGCCAGGUUAUAGAGAUGUUUAUUUGAUGCCAUUCAUUUUAUGGCUCACAUGCCUCCAACUUUAAUAAUCCUUAAUUUGCUGCUCAAUGUCAUUCUAAUAAUAUAAAUAAAUAUGGCUUGUUAAGUUCUUGAAUGUGCUGACUUCAGUUUAGCUUGUAAUUCAGUCACUAAGGAAGUAAGUAAUAAGAAUAUGGUGAAAGCUCAUUAAAUGCUUCUUGUGAGGUUUGAAUCUACAACCACCACACACCACUCCUACAGUGCAUAGGUUUAGGUCAGAUAUAUUUUUCCAAUGGUUACAACAUUCUUUGCCAAGAGUAACAUGACAAUAUGGAGCUUCCAAGUGUUUAUUUAUUUGAAUGAAAA